AUGCGUCUUCGAUUUGGAAUCCAGGACAGCAUUGUCCUACCCGUGCUGACCUGGCUGUUUAUGGUGAUGCAGUGCAAUCUGUGCUCAGCAAUAGGUUUACAGACUAAUGGAAACCAACCCAACUCCCCACGCGAACGUAUCAGACUUCAUACGGGCUGGAAAUUCUGGCGUUCUGAAUCCAGGCCAGACAAUUUGGUGUACGAGCCUCGACCAUAUGCAAACGAGUCGGGGCUCUUCAUCUUGAAGCCUUGGAUUCUUCCAACGGCAAACGAGUUUAUCGAGAACGCUGAAGAUAGGCACGAAGUGCCGACCGAGGACCCUGAUAUAGAUAUCCCCUAUGUCGAAGAUUCAUUCGAUGACAGUGACUGGGAGGAUGUGGAAGUUCCUCAUGACUGGGCUAUCAAAGGACCAUUCUACACAAACGGUGACGAGUCUCCAAUUACUGGCCAAAUGGGCUCGCUACCGCUCCAUGGCGUGGGCUGGUACCGAAGAAAGCUAUCGUUCUCACCCGCCGAUGUCGGUAAAUCCAUUUAUCUUGAAAUCGAUGGGGCAAUGUCAUACUCCGCGGUGUGGAUCAAUGGCAAGGUUAUCGGCGGUUGGCCCUACGGAUACAACUCAUAUCAUCUCGACGUAACCUCGCAUUUGAAGGAGGGCGAUAAUCAGUUAGCCAUUCGAAUUGAUAAUCCUCCGGACUCUGGGAGAUGGUACACAGGCGCCGGGCUUUACAGAAACGUGUGGCUUACCAAGGUUAAGCCAGUCCAUGUGGCCCGUUGGGGCACGUAUAUCACUUCGGAGGUUGCUGGAGAUUCAGCAUCAAUCAAAUUCGUCGUCAACUUAGAGAACAAUGCAGAGAAACAAACCAAUGUUACUGUUCAAACGGAGAUCUUUGAAAUAGAUUCUACAAACGGUAGCCCCGCACAACGAGUGGCUGGUUUUCCAUCCUCUUCAGCGGUGCUUCCGGCGCAUGGGCAAGAGUCUAUUUCUACCUCUACCACCCUCCAAAACCCGCGAUUAUGGGGCCCGCCUCCAAGUCAAUCUCCAAAUUUAUACCUUGCUAUGACCACAGUCAUUCACGGCGGUAAGGUUGUGGAUACAUACGAGACGCAGUUUGGAAUUCGUACGCUCACCUUCGGUGGUGCUGAGUUCAGGAUCAACGGAGAACGUCUGCGCUUCCAGGGCGUAAACCAACACCACGAUCUAGGCGCCUUGGGAGCCGCUUAUAAUCAUAAAGCUGCCGAAAGGCAAUUACACCUUCUUCGAGAAGCUGGUGUUAAUGCAAUCAGAAUGGCACAUAACCCUCCAGCGCCCGAACUGCUACAACUCACAGACCGCUUAGGCUUCAUGGUGAUAGAUGAAAUCUUUGAUGUGUGGAACUACGAUAAAAAUAUUGCCGAUUUCAGCUUAAUAUUUACCGAUUGGCACGAACCUGAUGUCAAGACUUUUGUUCGAAGAGAUCGAAACCAUGCUUCAAUUAUCAUGUGGAGCAUUGGCAACGAAGUCGGAGAACAAGGAGGCUCAAGUGGUUUCGAUAUUGCAACAGAGCUAUCGAGAAUCCUGCAUGAAGAGGACGCCUCUCGGCCAAUCAUGGCCUCUUUAAACUCCGCUACUGCAUCCCACAAGUUCCCCGAAGCCCUCGACGUGCUUGGUCUGAAUUAUAUUGGCGAGGGCAUGGAAUAUCCAGGUUACUCCGUCUUGCCCGAACCCCGACGCCAGCCAUUGUAUGAGUCCUUCCAUGAAGCUUUCCCGGAUAAACUUCUCUUUGGUAGCGAGUUCGCCUGGUCGCUCAGCAGCCGUUCUUCGUUCAUUUUCCCCGUUACUCAGUAUGACGGAGCACCGGUUCUAGACCACUCUGGUGGAGACGUGGACACGCUGGAAAUUUCCGGCUAUGAACUAUAUUCUUCAAAUUGGAGUGUUUCCCACGACAUCGUCUUUAAAGUCCAAGAUCAACUACCCUACCUUGCUGGCGGCUUCUUAUGGUCCGGGUGGGACUAUCUAGGAGAGCCAUAUCCUUGGCCUCAGGCCAGAAGUGCGUACUCGGGCAUGAUUGAUCUUGCAGGCUUCAAGAAAGAGCGCUUCUGGUUAUAUCAAUCCCGCUGGAACCCUACAGUGAGGAUGGCUCAUAUCCUUCCUCAUUGGACUUGGCCCGGUCGUGAAGGUGAGAUAACCCCAGUGCAUGUUUUCACUUCAGCGGACGAAGCCGAACUCUUUGUGAAUGGCAAAUCCCAGGGAAAGUUAGGACAGAGAGAGUUGGAGUACCGUUUCCGUUGGGAUAAUGUCACAUAUGAGCCUGGCGAGCUACAUGUAAUAACUUACAAGGACGGCGAGUUCUGGGCGAAUGAGACGGUUUCGACAACAUCUGAUGGUGCUAAGCUUAAUCUCACUCCAGAAUUUGAGAAGAUCGAUGCCAAUGGGGAGGAUCUUACCUGGAUUACAGUCAGUGUCCUUGAUGAGCAAGGUAGGGAGGUACCCGAGGCGGAUGACACCGUCACUUUCUCGCUUUCAGGUCCUGGUGAAAUUAUCGCGACAGAUAAUGGAUUCCAGGCCGAUUUCGUGGAGUUUCCUUCCCGCGAACGAAAGUUGUUCAAUGGACUUGCUCUUGCGAUUGUUCGAGCAUAUUCACCUGGCAAGAUCGUGGUCACUGCAGAGGCAAAGGGCCUUGAAAGAGCAGAGGUCGUGAUUGAGGCUCUAUGA